AUGGCAGCUGGGAGGGACAUGGAAAGGGGAGCGGGCAGCCCGAGGCAUAACCCGGCCUUAGACCGCGUUCUAUGUAAGGAGAGCUUUGGUGUAUGGCUGACAGGUGUUUACCCCGUGGGACAGCUUGGCGAAGAAAGCCUCUGGAGGACGGCAGCAGGAUGGUGGGCCUACAUCUCCUCCCAUAUUCAGCCUCUCCAACAGCAGGUGCGCUCGCAUCUCCCUGGAGGGGACUGGAAGACUCGGAGGCCAGCAGGGGACGAGUUAGGAGAAGUGCUGAGCGAAACCCUGACCCUGCCAGAAAAGCUACGUAAGCUCCAGGAAGAGCUUUAUCUCCUGCGCUGGAGCCUAAAGGAUGUCGCCGAGCGUGCUUUUCAGGAAGCCUUGAAGCAGGCGAAGCUCCCAGGCUUUACCGGAUGGGCUGUUCAAGAGAUAAUCAAUCAAGUCUUGGAGAAGCUGGAAGAAAAGCAAGUCCCCAUGCCAGAUUAUGCCCUCAAAUCAUCAGGGGCUGCUGUCGUUCAUUCAAGGACUUCUCCAUCCUUCCGCAAUAGGAAAGGAAAAGUCUUUUUGUAUUCCCUGCCGGUGCUGGAUUACCUGCGAUCUCCUGACGUUAUCCUUGAGCCGGAAAAUCAUCCAGGAAACUGCUGGCCCUUGGCAGGAAGUCAGGGACACGUGCUCAUCAGGCUGUCUGUGCCAAUCGUUCCCAGAGCAGUCACCGUGGACCAUGUCUCAGGGACAAUGUUCCAUAGAGACAGCAUCUCCAGAGCGCCAAAGGACUUUGCUGUCUACGGCCUCAAGGAAGAACAGGAGGAGCAGGGAACGUUCCUGGGACGGUUCACUUUCCUGGCGAUGCUGAAUCCCACUCAGACCUUCCAGCUGAAGAACGAGCUCUCUGGGUUCGUGAAUUACAUAAAGCUGCAAGUGCUGAGCAACUGGGGCCACCCGGACUACACCUGCCUGUAUCGAUUCAGGGUGCACGGCGAUCCUCCCAAAGACGGGGGAAAGGGGUCCCUGUCAUCUGGCAAUAAAGACUGGUGUGAGAAGAAGGCGGGCUCCACCGGCAGCCGGGCCGAGCUUCAAGAUGGCGCAGGUGGGGCCUGCUGUGAGGCUGAGGGUGGGGAGGAGGGGGAGGACCCGGCCGCCAUCCGGCGUCUCCCGCCUGAGGUGAGCUGUGUCGUGGCGCGGUGCUGCGAAAACAACCCCCAGGAGCUCCAGCAGCUGGAGGGGCUGCUCACCCAGACGAUGAGGGAGCAGUGGUCGGAGCUGCUAGAAGCUGUUGAAGAACGGGUUAAGGUCAAGAAGCUUCUCAGGAACAAGGUCCAGCGCCUCCUGGAGAGACAGCAAUGCCUCCGACAGGCAACAGCUCUGAGACUUCUUCUGUUCCUCGCCCUCCUGCAGAUCCUUGUCCUCAUCGUGGUCUUACUGAAGAGGGACAUCCUUAACUGGGUCCUGCCACCAAAGCUGGCGGCCGCCUUUGGGAGCCGCCCAGCCAGGUCCCGGUUCUUUUGA